UCAGCUUACAAGUCUCUGACAGUGGUAGCACGGAUUUAUGGGUGUGUACCCAAGCAUGCGCAGCAGAAUUAUAAGUAGGAGAAAUGAUGUAGAACACCCUCACACCAACUCUAUUGUGGUGGAGAAGUCUCAGGGACACGGAAAACUGAGAGCUGAGCUAAGUGUAAACUCUUUACGUCUGCAAUUAGAAAGACCAUGUCAAGGUUUCGUCUGGCUGUGGUGCAACUCUUUGUGACAAAGUCAAAGGCUGUAAACUUGUCUCGAGCUCAGGAGCUGGCGAAGGAGGCAGCGGGUCAGGGGGCGAAGUUUGUGGUCUUACCUGAAUCAUUCGUCUCUGAUUUGGUACUAAAACAUGCAGAGAAAAUUCCAGAAGAAUCGACGAAGGUCCUGUCGAACGUAGCUAAGGAGUGUGGGAUUUAUCUAAUAGGCGGCUCCAUUGCAGAGGAGGACGGAGGAAAGCUCUUUAACACCUGUCCAGUAUUUGGGCCUGAUGGAAAAUUACUGCUUAAAUACAGAAAGAUGCACAUGUAUGACGUCAACAUUCCUGGGAAAAUCCGCUUUCAGGAGUCAAAGAAAUUAUAUCCGGGAAACAGUUUAUCUAUGUUUGAAACCUCGUUCUGUAAAGUGGGACUAGGGAUCUGCUAUGACAUGCGAUUUGCAGAACUCGCCCAGAUCUACACUAGAAAAGGCUGCCAGCUGUUGGUUUACCCCGCGUCCUUUAACAUGAUCACAGGGCCUGUUCACUGGGAGCUGCUUCAGAGAGCUCGGGCACUGGAUAAUCAGGUGUAUAUGGUCACGGCUUCACCGGCGAGAGAUGAGAGUGCCAAAUACGUGCCCUGGGGUCACAGCAUGGUCGUUAACCCCUGGGGUGACGUGAUUGCAAAAGCAGAUUCAGAUGAGUGCAUAGUGUACGCUGAUAUCGACCUGCAGUACCUGUCUGACGUGCGAGAACAGAUCCCAAUCUCAGAGCAGAAACGUAACGAUAUAUACACACUUAACACUGUAAACGAGGCCUGAGUCUGUGGGAUAACAACGAUCAUUUCAUCUGUCUCAGAUCUAUAUUGGAUUUGUUUUAAUUUUGCAUUUCAAAUGCUAUUAUAUGCAUUUAAAAGGCCCUUAACCCUCAACCGCUCAGAUGUGUAAUGAGAUAAAAAAAAUUUAAGUCGCUCUGGAUAAGAGUGUCCCAAAUGCCUAAAUGUAAAUGUAAAUGUAACUUAAUUAACAGUUUGAAAUUCAUUUGCAAACUUCUUGUGUUGCUGCUUAUUUGUCCUGUGCAGUAGACAGGUGUGG